AUGAUCCUCCUCGAGCAGAACAACCGUAUUAUUGUCGAGUUACUGGAGCUUAAGUUCGGCAAUGCCAAGGAAGGGUUAGUUAUUGAAAUAUUUAUCAGUCGACGCAAUCGUUUUAAGUGGAAAGCCAGAAGCGGUAAAUGUGAACUUUGCCGAUUUUGACGGCGUUCUGUAUCAUUUGUCGAAUCCGGAAAACGACCGCACUCGCAUUUGGGUUCGUGUUUUUUUUCGAUAGUUUUUGGAUGAAAUUUCUUUCAGCUGAGCAUUUCUUUGAAGUUUUUCGCUGAACUUCAACAACAUGGAGCUGAUGCGGUUAGUUUUUUUCAAACGAUUUUUGGAUUAUUUUUGUCAACUUAAUAAAUCAUAAGUUAUAGGCUUUUCAAAAGUCUUGCUUUAAUGAUCUUUCGAUUAGGGUUUUUCAACGAAAAGUCGUUAGGAAGUUUUAUUUUCGAUUUCUCAUUGUUCAAAAAAAAAUUUCUUCCUUAAUUCUUGAUAAUUAUUUUACUUCAAACUCACCGGAUUCUUCCAGUUGCUCCGUCGCGAAUAUGGAAAAUAUCUGCUGGAUCAGCCAGAGCGCGGCUACAACGUAACUUUGGAGUUCGAUCUGAACAACUUGCCUGAAAAUACGCCUCAAAUGAGUGAGAAUCAAAUAUUUUAUUCUCAAUGAAUCGUUUUUUUUCAGUUGCCAAGGCUUCGGCGUUGAAAAGAAACUGCUUCGCGUCCGUGUUUGAGAAAUACUUCGAGUUCCAGGUUAUUUUUCUCUUUUGAAAAUUAGUGGAACAGUUCGACAAUCUGUAGAAAAGAGUAAUUUUCAAUAAAGACUCGAAAAAUAAUACAGAAAGACGAAAAUAUUGAAUAAAGUUUGUUUUUUUAAAGGUCUCCAAACGGAUUUGUGUUCGAAAAAAACCCACGGAAACAGAUUCCAACUUUUUUUUUUCUUCAGGAAGCUGGCGAAGAAGGCCAAAAACGAGCUGUGGUCAACUAUCGUGAGGAUGAGACGAUGUAUAACUGAUAUGGAAGAAUUUAAUCCUAUCAAAAUCUAUGUUUAGGUACCUUGAAGCGAAGGCCGACCGAGUUACGGUGAUUUUCAGCACGGUCUUCAAAGAUCCGGAUGACGUCAUCCUCGGAAAAGUCUUCUUGCAAGUGAGUAGGAAAUGAAAUGAUACUUCGUUUUGAUGUUUCAAAAGCAGUAUAAGUUUGUGGGAUAUUUGGGAAAAACCGUUUUGUGUAUCACAUUGCGAGCUACAAAGUGAAUAAUCGAAGUUAGGAUUUAGAACCUAAAAAUCGCAUUCGAAUCAAAAAUUUAAAACAGUUCGACGUUUUCUCAAAGGUUUCACAAUCAGAAAAUUCUCGAUCUUGGUUCUUUUUUUAGAAUUUUCUCUUCUUUUUGAGCAACAUGAGAAGUUCCAUGAUACUUUCUAGAGUUUUUGAAAAGAUUGCUUCAUCGAUUUUUCUGAGAAUAAAUUUAAUCAUGAUUUUCAGGAGUUCCGCGAGGGACGGAAAGCCAGCCAAACGGCGCCGGCCGUGCUCUAUUCGCUUGGAGAACCGCCACUGGAACUGAAAAAUCAACCCGGAGCUCGUGUCGGCGACAACGUUGGAUAUAUCACUUUCGGUACUUUUUUCUUUUUCAAAUAAUGCUCGGGAUAUUUCAAAUUCAUCAAUGAAUGGAAAUUCAGUGCUUUUCCCCCGUCACACGAACAAGAAAACGAGAGACAAUACAAUCGACCUUAUUCACUCAUUCCGCGACUACCUUCAUUAUCACAUCAAGUGCUCCAAGGUGAUUCAACUUCUGAAAUCCGUGUUAUUAUAUUGUAAUAAUAAUAAUGUAAUAAUAAUUUCGACGGGUUGAAAAUUAAUGUGUUUGUUUGAAAGAAUCACUCAAAUUACGCAAUUUUGUGAGUUCAACCGUUUAAAAAGAUCGGUCCUAGAACAAGAUUGCGGAUUUUACGCGCGAAAUUCAAAAUUUUGCAUUGAUUAGGAUUUUUAUAACAAGUAUUUUGUGUAGGACCCAACUUUUCUAGAGAUUUUCAAUAUUCCGAUCUUACAUAUUUUGCAAAAUAGUUAUAAAAAAAAACUCGUCAAUUUCGGAGUUGGCAAUAUAAAAUUGAACACAGCAAUAGAAUACUAAGUUCAAAAUUAUUUUUUGUUGACUUUGAAACUUUUUUUUGUCUCGAGACCUCCUUUUUAAACUUUUGAAUCCUAACCGUUCCAAUUUUUCCAGGUUUACCUGCACACGAGAAUGCGUGCCAAGACCAACGAUUUUCUGAAGGUCCUCAACAGAGCGCGACCCGAGAUCAAAGGCGAAAAGAAGACUUUCAGGUUGGUUUUUCUUCCAAAACUGUUCAACUAAGUUUCUCAAAGUGCCCUCAAGUGGUCAUUUGAAAGCUUUUAUAUGGUAUUUGACCUUGACUUAUCGAGUAGUCACUUGAGGAAAUUCUCGAAGAGUAUAUUUUUUUAUUAGUAGUCAUUCGAGAGUAUUCCAUGCAGUAAUCUGAAUUCAAAAUCUCAGGUAGCCCAUCAGUUUUUGAGGUUCCACUUGUUUGAUAAAUUCUCGAAAGGUCACUUGAAUUUUCCUUGAGGUUGAGAUCCUUUUUUGAGAAAGUGUAUUUUAUAACUUUGAAAUUUUCGAAAAUUUUUUUCUUUUUUUUUCCUGCACCUUUCGUAUAGUUAUUCUUCACGGAGAAAAUAGUUUCUCAAAUAAAUUUUUAUUGCUUCAAAUAAUAAAUUGAUUUCUUGAACUUUCAGUGGACGCACUUUCCAGUCGCCCUGA